UGCGAGCCAGGUUUGGAUCCCGGGUUGAAGAAGACCCCGUGCCUCAGCCGCCAUAGUUAGAAGAGUGGAAAGAACUGGACAGGUCGAGAAGUCAAAAUUGAUGCUGUGGCGGUUAGGGUUCGCUGGAAUAUCAGCUCCGGCCAAUCCAGCCUCAAGCACUUAGCUCCGAUCAAUCCCGGUGCAACUCUCACCCAAAUUUCGGACUUCGCCGGCCUAUUACUGCUCCCCGGUGGCUGCUUACUAUUCAUCCAAAUAUUUGUUGCAGUGAAUGAAUCUUUGGGCAACAACAACUCAAUCUCUUCACCUUCAAACUCUUUCAAAAAUUCGAUCUUCGUCCUUGAAGGUGUCUGAAAAGCUACAAUUAGUGGCGACCUAAUCAGCAUUCUGAUAUACUUGUAACUAGUAAAUGUACGUACAGUUAUGAUAAUUUUCUUUUCCCUGCUGCUAGGUUCUUCUGUUUCCACAUUUUGUUGGGUACAGACGAAUAUUUUUUUUUGGGAGAGAAAACAUGCCGUUUAAAGACCUGUUGACGGUACAUAGUGCUAAUUGGCAUGAAGUCCAAAGGUUGAUAUCUGGAAGAAAAAGUGCGCUUCAGGAAUUGGUCAAGCUUUCGGUUUCUCAGGGUAGAUUGUUAUUAGGUCAUUCAAAGCUUUUCCAUUCUCUAUGUGCUGCUCAGGAAAAUCUAUAUACAGUUAAUCAAGCGAAGAAUAUUUCAGUUGCUAGAUCAUUUUCUCGUGCCAUUUAUAUUCCAUCAGUGCCUGGGCCUGCAUUUCAUGUAUAUGACUAUCUUGGUUGCCUAAUAUCCUAUCCAACACAUCUUUCUUCUGGCAUUGAAUCUCAGAGGACACCAAUGGCUGCUUGCGGUUUCAGAUCAUCUUCUCUUUUUGAGUGCCCUUCAAUUGCAAAGAGAAGGGGCAAUGCUUUUCCACUUGAAGGAUUUGUAUUGAAUAGCUUCCAUAGAUUGCCGCAUGCAUGUUUUUCUUCAGGAACUGCUCCUGAUCUGUCCCUUGAUAAAGUGUCCGCGGACCAAUUUGCAAAUUCAGCCGACUCUAAGGAGGAGAAGGUAUGGAUUGGAAGGAGCCUGAAGCUGAACUCCGGGUCAUGUUAUUUGCCCCAUCCUGACAAAGAAGAGACUGGAGGAGAGGAUGCUCAUUUCAUAUGUGGGGAUGAACAAGCAAUUGGUGUUGCUGAUGGUGUGGGUGGGUGGGCUGAGCUUGGGGUAGAUGCAGGGCAGUAUGCACGAGAGCUAAUGUCAAACUCGGUGUCAGCCGUUCUUGAGGAACCAAAGGGUUCCAUUGACCCUGCUAGGGUCUUGGAGAAAGCUCACAUGUCUACAAAAGCAAAAGGCUCUUCAACUGCUUGUAUAAUUGCCCUUACGGAUCAGGGCCUCCAUGCCAUCAAUUUAGGUGACAGUGGAUUCAUGGUGGUUAGAGACGGAUGCACGGUUUUCAGAUCUCCUUCUCAGCAGCAUGACUUUAAUUUCACAUUUCAGUUGGAAAGCGGUAGUGCUGGAGAUCUGCCAAGCUCUGGACAGGUGUUCAAAGUUGGAGUGGCUCCAGGAGAUGUCAUAAUCACAGGGACAGAUGGGCUUUUUGACAACCUAUAUAACAGUGAUAUCACUGCAGUGGUGGUUCAUGGUGCAAGAGCAGGGCUGGGGCCGCAGGUGAUUGCCCAGCAGAUUGCUGCUUUGGCACGGCAGCGGGCUCGGGAUAAGUACAGGCAGACACCCUUCUCUUCUGCAGCGCUAGACGCCGGAUUUCUUUACUAUGGUGGGAAGCUUGAUGACAUCACCGUCGUCGUUUCCUAUGUCACCACCACCACCAGAGACGAGAGUGAAAGUUCAUCUGCGCCGCCGUGCAAAUCUACUUAGUGUAUGUGUGAAUGCAGAUAAAGGUGUAGUCUAUUUGUUGUACAUACAAUCUUUAGUAGUAUUUAUUAAGAUUGAACUUCAUCCCUUAGGAUCCUUCCUCUCUUAUAUAUCGUAUUCCAAGCUCCGAACGAUUUGAUGAGUUUUUUUGAUAUAUUCUCUUGAACUGAUUUGUUUGUGACUAAACUAAAUGGAAGUGUGUUAAGACUCUUUGGUAUUACUCCAUUCCUAAAAUAACCUUCACUUUCAUGU